AUGGCAAAACGGCAUCAGAAGAAAAUCAUUUUCUCGACCGCUUCCGUCGCCAUCAUUGCGGGUCCUCUCACUCCAUCCUCCUUCAACCCGGCUUCCUUCUUGACUGUGCGCGUCGGUCCUGAAGGUUUUCAAGAAGACUUCCUACUCCACGAAGGCAUUCUGAGCGGACGCUCUGAGUUCUUCCGCCGCGCGAUGAACGGCAACUGGUCUGAGAAGAAGGAUCGACUUGUCAAACUACCUGAGGACGACCCCAAGAUCUUCGCCCUCUACGUCAAUCUCAUCUAUAUGGGCGUGUUGUACAAUGAACCAGACGCUCCCAAGAUGACGCCUGUCAACUUUCAAGCACAUACGUUGUCAACCGUCAAGUUCUACAUCCUCGCCGAGAAGCUGCAAGACAAAGAAGCUAAGAAUGCCGCCUUGCAGAAUCUCCACCCCAAAACCACGGCAAAUUUGUCUGCCGACAGACUACCCAACGCCGAGAUCGUCGAGUUCAUGUACAAGAACACGUUGAAAGGCAGCCCUGGACGACGCCUCAUGGUCGAAAUUUGGAAUGAUGACAACACUAAGUGCAUUCUCGAGCAAUCGGAAGUCGUAUGCAAGGAAUUCUUCAUCGAUCUCGCCCAUUCGCUUCAUGCUUGUCGUCCUGCACGUAUGCGGAACGUUGCAUUUGUCUCGUCUUUCACUGCGUAUCAAGAACAACUUUGA